AUGCCACUCUUGCUUGUCCUUACAACCCUAGCCAUUACAUCCUGCUGCCUUUUCUACUGGCUUCGGGACCCUCUUCGAAACUUCCCUGGACCCCGACUUGCAUCAAUUACCCGGCUCUAUUCAGUAGCAGCCCUUUGGUAUGGGAAGGAGCAUGAAUUGAUUCUAAAGGCACACAAGAAAUAUGGUCCUGUUGUAAGAUGGCAGCCAAAUCUGUUGCUCGUUAAUAACCCAAUACUUUUGCCAAUCAUCUAUCAUCAUCGAUCCGAAAAGACUCCUCACUACAACAGUUCAACUACAGGGGUUGAAGGAAUCAUCGAGAGCAAGACAUGGCAAACUCAUAGAAUUGCGAGAACGCGAAUCUCGCAACCAUUUACCUUGGACGCGAUACUUCAAGAUGAGAAAUUAUUGAACGAGAGUAUCGCGGCAUGGAUACACAAACUCGACGAUGAACAUGCAAGCAAAGGCAUGGAGUUCGACUUUACUCAAUGGCCUCAUAUUCUGGGACACGACAUCAACAUGAUCCGGCUGACGGGAGUACCUAUGAGCCAUGUAGACCAGACUGGAAGCUAUCUCAUGCAUCUGAUCAAGGCUCCCAGGGAUGGGGCAAAGAUGACACAGUGUCUAGCAAGGAUGCCGUGGCUCCGCUCCAUUCUUUUUGAAGGUCAGAUAGGGAAUUUCCUGAUGCCUCAACCAGGUGACAAAACUGCAGUUGGACAGGUCCUACAGUUCCGGGAUGGCCUCAUUGAACAAUUUUGCAGCUCUACUGAAAGGACGGGUAAGGGUAGGCUGCUAGAUCAGUGGGUUCCCUUCAUAUGCAUCAUGAUCUACCAAGCGGUGAAUCCAGAUGGCUCGGCAAUGCGGACAGAAGAAAUUAAAGAGGAUCUGACACAUUUGUUCUUCGGGGGGAGCGAGACCGUCGCACACGCAAUCCGGGCUACAAUUCUUCUUAUUUCGAAAAAUCCGUCCUGCGGCGAGAAAUUGAUCCGAGAAAUAAAUGAUACAACCAACCAUAUGUCAUCAAUUAAUAAUCCGGAUUUAUCAACUGUACCAUACAACGACUUGGCCACAUUACCUUACUUGAAUGCUUGCAUCCGGGAAUCACUACGUAUGGACUCUCCAGUAACAAGUUAUUUGCCAAGAUACGUGAAGCCGGGCGGCAUUCAUUUGGGGAGUAACAUCGGUUUUGUGCCUAAAGGUACAGAGAUUGGGUGCUCGCCAUGGGUACUCGGACGAAACCAGGACAUGUACGGACACGACGCAGAUGUUUUCCGCCCAGAGAGAUUCAUUGAGGACCCUGAUAGGGCAAUGCAUCUGUCCAAGUAUGACUUUGCCUGGGGUUAUGGGAAUAGAAGGUGCCUUGGAAAGAUAUUGGGAAUGAUGAUACUUCGGAAAACUAUCUUUAAGGUAGCUACUUCUGCCCAGUAA